GUUUUUUUACGCUUCUGUGAGAAUGAAGAAACGCUUCUAUUACAUGUUCUUUACGAUGCCCUGAGCACAGAGCGGCCGUGUCUGCUUUGGUCAACAUCGUCUGAGUCUCCAAAACAGUGCUGUUUACAGCAAACAUCUCACCGGUGUGCCAAGUGCUGGUUGUUUUCCUCCGACUGACGCAAGACGCCUCGUAGUCACUGAAACGGUGAACGAUGUCGAAUAUAAAAGGCAGCUGCAGUCAGAAAGGGUCACGUUUUCACCACUCCUUCAGUUUGCAGACUAGCCAAAGCAGGUUUUUUGCAAAAAAAAAAAAAGACUCUAGUGAGCGAUGCCUUUACGACAAAGAGCUUCCUCUCAGCCCGGGAGAGGCGGCGUGCUCCUGAACCCCAAAGUGACGACGAUUCUUCGUCCUCGAGCUCUGACCUCGAGCUGCCGCUCGGCCGUGGAGGACCAUCUGUCGUGUCCCGUGUGCUGCGAGAUCUUCGCCGACCCCGUGGUCCUGCGCUGCAGCCACAGCUUCUGUCGAACCUGCCUGAACCAGUUCUGGAGCAAGAAGACACCUAAGCGCGAGUGUCCCGUGUGCAGGAGGAGGUGUUCGCUCACCGAGCCCACAGUCAGCCUCGUACUGAAGAACGUAUGUGAGACGCUGACGCAGGAACAGAAGGGCCUGAGCACGCCGCCGUCGUCUCCCGGCACCACCGUCAAGCUGUUAGACCUGUGUCCCACCCACAGAGAGCCGCUCAAACUCUACUGCCACGAUGAAGAAGAGCUGCUGUGCUGCGUGUGUCACACCUCCAAGAAGCACCAAGGCCACCGCGUCUGUCCCAUGGAGGAAGCAGCACAUGACCUUAAGGCGGAGUUGAAGAAGGAGCUGGUGCCGAUGAAGAAAAACCUCCGUCGUCUUUACGAGGCCAAGCAGGAGCACGACGACAUCACCAUCCACAUCAAGAACCAAAGGCAGCAGGCAGAGAAACAGAUCAGAGAGGAAUUUGAAGAGCUCAGACAGUUCCUGAAUAAACAGGAGCUGGAGCGGAUCUCUCUCCUGGCUGAGGAAGAGGAGGAGAAGUUGCAUGUAAUGAAGAAAAACACUGACAACCUCUCACGGGAUAUUCUGAUGUUCUCCCACGCCGUCAGAACCAUCGACGAUGAAAUGUCCAACAGCGAGGCCGUGUUCCUGAAGCACUAUAAGAAUAUAAAACAGAGGACACAAUUAACCUUUAAUGAACCGGUGAAAGUUCCAUCUGCUCUCAUCAAUGUGGCGAAACACGUCAGCUGUCUGAAGUUCAGCUUGUGGGAGAAAAUGCAGGCCCUGGUGGAAUACACUCCGGUGACACUAGAUGCCAACACGGCCUACCCCUGCCUGAGGCUGAGCAAAAACCUGGCCCACGUCAGCAACAGUGGCAUGAUGCAGAAGCUUCCCGACAACCCGGAGCGCUUCGACCACUUUGUCUUCGUGCUGGGAUCCGAGGGCUUUCAGUCGGGACGACACGCCUGGGAGGUUGAGGUGAAGAACAACAACGACUGGGUCAUCGGUGUGGUCAAGGAGUCCAUAGCCAGAAAAGGGAAAGUCUCAGGUGGUCCAGAGGCAGGUUUCUGGACAAUCGCGCUGUCUGACGGCAUUUACACGGCCAUGACGUCUCCGCCCACGAAGCUGAAGGUGACCGGCCAUCUCGAGAGAAUCAGGGUGAAGCUGGACUUUGAUGCUGGCGAGGUCAGCUUCUCUAACCCUCUGGACCUGACACCCAUCUACACCUUCAAUGAGCACUUCACUGAGAGGAUGUUCCCUUUCUUCUGCCCCGGCGCCAAUAUCAACGGCAGCAACUCGGGUCCUCUGAAGAUCUGCCCGGUUAAAAUAGCUGUGUGGAACAGCAGCCUCUGGUAACAUGUCAAUUUAUUCGUAUAGCACUUUUAACAACGGACAUUGUCUCAAAGCAGCUUUACAGAAGUAUAGAAACAUUUAUCUCUGAAAUGUAUCCCUAAUGAGUAAGCCUGAGGUGACCGUAGCAGGGAAAAACAUCCUGAGAUGAUACGAGGAAGAAACCUGGAGAGGAACCAGACUCGGAAGGGAACAGAGAAUGGGAUUAGAAAUCAUUUCUAUAACUGUGUGUGUUUAAGUGAAAUCAUGUAACCAGGAGAUUUUUUUUAACAGCUUAGAAAUGUUCUAUUAUUUUAUUCACACGAACACCAAACACAAGAUUAAAAGCAGUUGUUAAUAACUUCUUAAGCACAUUUCCAUGAUACGGUCGACGCCGUAGCUGUUCCCGUAUUAUUGCAGCUUCACCUCCUGGAGCUCGGUUUAAUCUCUGAUGGCAGGGAGUUGUCGAGCACCGAGCGUAACAAAUCCUUUUCUCUGGGUUUAAUUCUGUUCUGUUUAUGCUGCUGUGAUCGUGAAGGCACACGGAACUCUGACCCUAAGGGAACCGGAUCAGAAGACAAACUAAAGCAUUAGAUUGCUAACACCGGUGUAACAUCAUCCGAGGCAACAGCUGAGAUCGAAUUUAUUGGCACCUUAACAAUCUAGGCAUAUUCUUACCAGCUUUAUUUAUUUAUUCAUGUGAUUCAUUAAUCAUAACAUUACUCAUUAGUUAUGCUUUUUACAUUCAUUAUGGUGGUUUAUAAUGUAAUACAAUAUUUAAAUAUAAUAUAAACAGCAGCGGUGACACAGUGGCUUAGUGGUUAGCACGUUUGCCUCACACCUCCAGGGUUGGGGGUUCGAUUCCCGCCUCCGCCUUGUGUGUGUGGAGUUU